AUGCGCUACAUUGCACUCUGCAUUCCGCUCAUCAUUGCCUCUAUGGCCUUUGCUCUUGUCACUGGUGCAGAGGCCCGCACUCUGCCCGACCAGUCCCCUGCCUCUUCUGGACUUUCCCGUCGUGGCAACACCGUCUCUGUACCGGGAGCCAACAACUUCGUCGUUGGCAGCAUCUUUGGCGAGCCCCCGAAGACGAGGCACUACAACUUCGUUGUCUCUGAGAUGAAAGGCGCUCCUGACGGCUUCACCAAGAACAUGCUCGUCGUCAACGGACUGUUCCCUGGUCCCACUAUCGAGGCCAACCAAGGCGACCGCCUCGUCGUGCAUGUCACCAACCACAUGUCGAACAGGACAACUAUUCACUGGCAUGGCAUACCUCAGAACGGCACAAACUACUAUGAUGGCACAGCAGCGGUCACAGAGUGUGGUAUCCCACCUGGCCAGUCGCUUACUUACGACUUCUCCCUCGAUACAUUCUCAGGCACAACUUGGUGGCACCCUAACGGACUCUGGUAUUUAGUGGACACGCAGUAUACCGACGGUAUCGAAGGCGCGCUCAUCGUCCAUCCGCGGUCCUACCCUCGCAAGUUUCCGACCUGGGACGAAGAUCUCGUUGUCGAGCUGGCCGAUGUGUACCAUACAUUUAGCACCACCAUUGCAUCCCAAAUCCUCUUUGGUGGUGGUACCUUGAACCCACUCCAACUCGAGGUUUCGGACAGCGGCGCCAUCAAUGGCAUCGGUCAAUACAACGGUAGUACCCGCUACUUUGACUUUGAUCUGAAGCCCAACAAAACCUACCGCCUGCGCCUCAUUAACGAAGGCUCUGCGGCACAAAUUCGUUUCUCUAUCGACUACCAUGCGCUGACGGUCAUCGAAGCCGACAAUACGCUCACGGAGCCCUACACAGUCUCUGAUCUCACGCUCGGAGUUGCGCAACGCUACUCAGUGCUGAUCACCACAAAUCAGACGGCUGAGCCUGAGGGAAAUUACUGGAUGCGCGCCGGGCUCAUAAACGAAACUUUUGUUGCGGGUGUCAACACGGACAUCCGUGGGAUCAUUAGAUACGGCAACAGCAAGUCUACGCCAACGACGUCAACGGAUCCUGGCGUGCCGGGAUCGGGUCUCUCCGACCUCAAUCCCGCGCUUCUUGCCCCCGCCAUCGCCACGACUCUGCCAGAUAGCACCAAGUUCUACAACGUCAACUUUACUGUUGGCCCCAGGACCGGCGGUGGAACGAUUGCCACCAUGAACGGCACGAGCUGGGAGCCGCUCUCAGGCACUUCAACUCUGCUGCAGAUUCUAGAAGCGGCCAAGAAAGGCCAGACGUUUGCUCCCGAGGGCCCUAGUUUGGAGUUAGGGAAUCAGCUUAUUAUCACAGAGAACUCGAUCCAGGUCGUAGAUCUUUUGCUGGUGAACGUAGGCUUCGGAAUACAUCCGUUCCACCUUCACGGCCAUAUGCCGUACAUCCUGGGCUUCGGCAACGGCACAUACGACGGGACAGGACUAAACACUGUAAACCCGAUAGCCCGGGACACUUAUGAGGUCCCCAGCAACGGCUGGCUUCUGGCGCGGUUCGUUACCGAUAAUCCCGGAAUUUGGACCAUCCACUGCCAUAUUGCUUGGCACAUGCAGGCCGGUCUGCUUAUGCAGAUCAACAGUCUGCCGUCCAAGUCGGCGAAGUUCAAUAUUCCGCCUGCUAUCCUCAGUCAGUGUGGCGUUUGA